AUGAGGGUCACGCGGGCGAAGCAGUACCGGAAGCACCUCCGCUUCUUCAGAAUCGUCUACGGGAUCUCUGCUCCGUACAAGGUAAUUCUGGACGGCAACUUCAUCCAUGGAUGCAUCUCCUCAAAGGUCGACAUCGAAAAAAGAUUGACCAGCGUCCUCCAGCUUCACUACCACUGUCCCGACAUCCACAAUGCCGAUGCUGCCACAACACUGACCCGGCGACCCGGGGAGCUCGACCUCGCGAACGAUCCACACCGCCAAACGACUAACCCCGACCCAUCAAACCCAUGA